UCAGCCUCCUCUCUUUCUCACUCGCCACUGUCCGCAACACCGCGGCGGCGGAGGUAUUCCUCGGAACGGAAUCGUACCAGCCGAUCAGUAGAGUGCGAGCGGUCCGCGCGAACAGCGAUUGUCCGUCCGAGUGUAAGGUCGCGUGACGUUCUCGUGAGAGAUCUCUCUUCGUAUUUCGCCGCUCCGCGUUUCCGAGAUGACACCGUGCGCACGCUCGCGAUGGAUCGCCUGUCUCGUGGCGCUGAUUCUGGCAUGCCAGACGGCUCGACCGAUCGAGGGAUAUCCUCAUUCUCCGAACACCGGAAGUCCGCAGGACACGACGUUUUCGGUCUCAGAAUUGAUCGAAAAGGCGUACAACGAUAACGUAUUUCUACGACCGCAACAAUCGCCGUGGCGGACCGAUCACGAGGACCAUCAAGGUAUCGAACAGGACACCUCGAAGCGGCAAGAAUCUUCGAGCGUAAGGACGAUGCAAAUUCCCCAGAAAAGGGAAUUGCUGCAAGUGUCGAGCCCGGACUUUUCGACGUACAGAAACGCGGGUGUAUCGACGCACCGGAACGUCGGCGUGUCGUCGCACAGGCACACGGACGAGUUCGUUUUCCCGGAUCCGGUCGACGGCAGGAUCCCGUCGACGACGGCGCAGAUGUCGGUGGUGCCGACGUCGGCCUGCCGCAGGAGCACGUUCUGCGAGAACGUCGCCGACUAUCCCAAGCAACUGGUGAACGCGGCGAUAGCGCGGAACGUCAGUUUGAGGUUCCUGGAUAACGUCGAUCCAUCAAUCAUCGGACAGAGGAUAGACGGCGCGCCGGAAGAAUUGAUGCUCUGUCAAGUUGAAAAUCAAGUGGUGUACCCGCAGCAAGCGCAGAACAAGGAAAAGCAGUGGCUGUUCAUCGUGAAUCAGGAGGACUUGAGGCAGGGGAUACGCAUCGAGGUUUGCUUGAACAAAGGCCAGGCGUGCAACGUAGUCGACGGUUUCGCCGAGGGUUACAAGACCUUCUGCAAGCAGAAGUACAUCUAUCGCGAACUGGCGGCGGUGGCGACCGACGGGAACAUCGUCAAGGACCACUUCCGCUUCCCGUCGAGCUGCUGCUGUCACGUGAGGUUCGUCGGCGAUCCCACCGCCAGGCUGGGUGCAGGACAAGAUCUGCCGAACAAUCGAACGCAAUACAGCCAGUACAACUAAAAUACAAGCGGAGCCAAGAUGCCAUGAACGACGCCUUCGACAGGAAAGCCGCGCGCGACCGCCGAGGAGAACGAGCGAGGAGGGCGAACGUAAAUGGAGUAACUCUCAUUUCCCAUGCCUACGCAUAGACGUUCGACAUAUAACGUCGCAUCUUCGCACGCUUAGGACACUCAGGAUGACUAAACUCCGAUUAAUUUAUCGAGCGUAUCAUGCUUAUAUCAUGUUAAGCGAAUGUCGUUAACUGUAGACAGUAAAAUUAUUAAUUUUCUAGAACUGAAUGUGUACAUAAAUCCGCACUCUGAAAUAUCAAGCAUCCUUCGGUGCUACCGUGAAUACGCAACAUACCCGACAUUUUCUCUUAUUUUGUAUGCCAUAAUUUUCUACUAAAAAUAUUGUACAGCACAUUCGCUUGUUAUCGUUAUAUUUGUUACGUCUGGUGUUUCAAUUUAAAAGAAAAAUUUUUCUUUUUUUUUUAUGCGACAUUUUUACACAGUCACUCCUGUAAAAUGUAUAGUGUGGCACCGGAGGGUUAAACGCGAAGAUCUAGCUCAGACCGAAAAGAUAUUUCCCUACUUGUGUUAUUCACGUAUCAAUUUAGUGUCACUUAUUGUUUAAUUUUUCGUCUAACACAUGGGAAAAAAAAAAUAUAAGAUCAAGGGCAACGAAUAUUAUACAACUGAAAAUCUUGCUGUAAACAAUUCUGUCGAUUAAAUCAAUUGUCGAGCUUGCUCGAAA